AACAGUCUAGUUUAUUCAGUUUUGUUUAUGCGGAACACGCGUAUCUGCAUGUUAUGAUUUUAAAUGCACAUACACAAUCGUUUAUAAUCUAACAUAUUUGAGUGUCUUAAAAUUGUAAAGUUAACCCGGAAGUAUUUGGGAGUGGCCGCUGACCUCAGUGGGGGCGCUCUCGCGGCCUUGUCGUUUUACAGAGAUUUUGUGAAAAAUAUAGGCUGUAUUUAACGUAAUUUUGGGAAAUGCACGAACUCUUCCAAGAGCAGAGCACUGCAGUCGUUUAUUCCAGUACAUCAUCCGGUGCAUGUGUGUUUACUCUCGCUCUCUCUGAAAUCACGUUUUCCUCAUGCUAGUCUUUGUAUGCUCUGAGGUGCGCUUCUGGAAGACAUCAGCUCGACUUAUUAAACUGCGUUUUGCUUUGUAAGGGUCGCAUUUUUUUUCCCUUACAGAAACUGUGGUUCUUAAUUGCUUCACGCUUGGUGUGAACUUUAUUUUUUUGUGUGUGAGAUAAUCGCAGCCACUGCAAUCGCUAGCUGCUAGCUAGCUCGCUUCAGUCUCGGUCAGUGUGUUGGAGCUGCUGGAAAAUGUCAGAUUUUGACGAGUUUGAGAGACAGCUGACCGAAAACAAGCAAGACAGAGACAAGGAGAACAAGCACCACCGGCGCAGUGGCUCAAGAAGUCGGAGCAGAGACCAGUACAGGAAAAGGAGGAGCCAUGAUCGGCAUGGAGACAGCAAGGACCGCAGACACAGACGCAGUCGCUCUCCACACCGUGAGAAAAAAAAGAUUAUUAAAGUGAAGAAAUAUUGGGAUGUUCCUCCUCCUGGAUUUGAACACAUCACGCCCAUGCAGUACAAAGCCAUGCAGGCUGCUGGUCAGAUCCCGGCCACUGCUCUGCUGCCCACAAUGACCCUUGAGGGUCUGGCUGUGACUCCAACACCUGUUCCUGUCGUGGGCAGUCAGAUGACUAGACAGGCCCGAAGGCUUUAUGUCGGCAACAUCCCAUUUGGCAUCACAGAGGAGUCUAUGAUGGACUUCUUCAAUGCUCAGAUGCGUUUAGGUGGCCUGUGUCAGGCCCCAGGUAACCCAGUCCUUGCUGUUCAGAUCAACCAGGACAAAAAUUUCGCCUUCUUGGAGUUCCGUUCGGUGGAUGAGACGACACAGGCCAUGGCAUUUGAUGGCAUCAUUUUCCAGGGACAGAGUUUAAAGAUUCGCCGACCACACGAUUACCAGCCUCUGCCAGGCAUGAGUGAAAACCCCAGUGUCUAUGUCCCAGGCACGUCUCUCUUUUGCUCCCCAAAUUCUUGCGUCGUCUCCACGGUGGUGCCUGAUUCGGCCCAUAAACUCUUCAUCGGCGGUCUGCCAAAUUACCUCAACGAUGACCAGGUCAAGGAAUUGCUGACGUCAUUUGGCCCUCUGAAGGCCUUUAAUUUGGUGAAAGACAGUGCAACAGGCCUCUCUAAGGGCUAUGCCUUCUGUGAAUAUGUUGACGUCAACAUCAGUGACCAGCACACUUCACAGGCCAUCGCUGGACUGAACGGGAUGCAGCUGGGGGACAAGAAGCUCCUGGUCCAGAGAGCAAGCGUCGGCUCCAAGAACACCACACUGACGGGUAUACACCAAACUCCAGUUACCCUUCAAGUCCCAGGUCUCAUAAACAACUCGAUGACUCAGAUGGGUGGCAUUCCCACAGAAGUAUUGUGUCUGAUGAACAUGGUGGCUCCAGAGGAGCUGCUGGAUGAUGAAGAGUAUGAGGAGAUUGUGGAAGACGUCAAAGAAGAGUGCUCCAAAUACGGCCAGGUCAAGAGCAUAGAGAUCCCGCGUCCUGUCGACGGCGUGGAAGUUCCUGGCACUGGAAAGAUCUUCGUGGAGUUCAUGUCAAUGUUUGACUCCCAGAAGGCAAUGCAGGGCUUAACAGGAAGGAAAUUCGCCAACAGAGUUGUGGUGACUAAAUACUGCGACCCUGAUGCCUACCACCGCCGCGACUUCUGGUAGAGAUGGGACAGAAUCCAGAGUGAGAGAGACUCGGAGAGAUGCACAUGGUGUGACUUCAAUCUCUCAGAAGCCCCUUAUUUUGUAGAUUUAUGAGGUCUGAGAGGGUCUGAGCAUUUUUUUUAAAACAUGACUUGUGAUUGGUCAGAAUGUAGCGAACCACUCGUUUGUCAUGUUUUUUUUUUCUUGUUUGUUUUUUUAUUUUUUAUGGCAACGACAAUGGAGUAUGUGCAAAGCUUUAAGAUGGGAAAAUGGACCGUACCGUGUCAUUGUCUACAAAAAAGGAUUCAGCUAGACAUGCCACUAAACUUCCAGUUUUAUUUAGGCCCAUAGUGAAUAUUUUACAUGUGACCUUUUCUCAAUGUUGAAUUUCUGCUCUACAGACUGGUCAGAUAGGAGUGAGAGGAGGAUGUAAAGGAGCAAGUGAGGGAAGAGAAACAAUGACAACUACAAAAAUGAAUGUUACAUUCAAACAAGAAGGUGAGAGUGAGUAUUUAAGGAGAGAACUCUUUGUUAUUUGGAUAUAGUUUUUAUUUAGGCUGUGAAUAAGGUUUCCUGUGUGAAAGUGUAGAGUUCAAAAAGCCAGAGGACUUUCCGGGUCGUCUUUUGACACCAUACAUGUAUGAGGUAAAGCCGCGAUCUUGAAGAGGAUGAACAUCUACACUGUCUUCUAUUUUCCCCCUCCUUCUCUGUCGUUUUCCUGCUAUCUCUCCCUCUUUUUAUAAAUGCUGUACUGUUUCUUGUCAACCCUAUUUUCCUGGCCCGACCUAACCAAAUUUAUGCACAGUGAAAAAGAUACUUGUCUUAUUUCAGUUUUUUUUCCUUUCUUUGUUUCUUUAUCUUUUUCUUUUUUAUACAUUCUGUAUCUAACUGUCCACUGCUGUUUUUUAAAACUGUAAUAAGCUGAGUUGAUUUAAUACAGUGCGUUUAUGUAAUGAGGACCAGAGAAACAUCUGGUGAAAUAAACUCAGUGCGUUUGAAUUGA